AUGGGGCUGCCGCCUCCCCUGCUCGCGGUCCUUGCGCUGGCCGCCUCGCGGUGCCGUGCGGACAGCCAGUGCUCGGACGGGGGCGCUGAGCCUCAGGUGCACGACGUGGAGGCCGACGACGACGGCGGCGCCUUUGCCCAGCUGCGCACUGCGCGCGCCUUUCCGGCUAUGACUAUGCCGCCUUGGCCCGGCUCCGCACCGAGCGGCUCCUCGGCCUGCACGGCCGCGAUAGGGGGUGUAUGUUUCAGCGGCUCCGUGUGCUGCGGCGACAUUGGCCCAGGCGAUACCGUCGCCUCUUCAUGCAAGUGCUGCCCCAACGGGUGCCCAGGAAGCGACUCGACUGACGACGCCACCACCACGUCUCCGCCGCUCGACGACUCGGUGGACGGCGCCACCACCACGUCUCCGCCGCUGGACCCUUUCUCGGCAGGCGCGGGCGAGUGCACCGCCCCUGGCGCGAUCGACCCGCAGGACCUGAUCGGUGACGGCCCCGCCAAGCUGAAGAAGGCGGGGAAGUGUGGGGCGGAUGGCUGCACCUGCUCGACUGGCUUGAUAUCCAUCGGCGGCUGCCGGACUUGCUCGGCCAUGCGCUGA